AAUAUACACUGUAUUGCCAAAGGCAUUGGGACAUCCUUCCAAAUCAUUGGAUGCAGGUGUUCCAAUCAGCUCCAUGGCCACAGGUGUAUAAAAUCAAGCACUGCUUCUACAAACAUUUGUGAAAGAAUGGGUCGCUCUCAGGAGCUCAGUGAAUUCAAGCGUGGUACCGUGAUAGGUUGCCACCUGUGCAAUAAGUCCAUCCGUAAAAUUUCUUUGCUACUAAAUAUUCCACAGUCAACUGUUAGUGGUAUUAUAACAAAGUGGAAGCAACUGAGAACAACAGCAACUCAGCCAAGAAGUGGUAGGCAAUGUAAAACGACAGAGCAGGGUCAGCACAUGCUAAAGCGCACAUUGCGCAGAAGUUGCCAACUGUCUGCAGAGUCAAUACCUAAACACCUCCAAACUUCAUUUGGCCUUUAUAUAAGCACAACAACAGUGUGUAGAGAGCUUCAAGGAAUGGGUUUCCAUGGCCAAACAGCUGAAUCCAAGCCUUACAUCACCAAGUGCAAUGCAAAGCUUUGGAUGCAGUGGUGUAAAGUAUGCUGCCACUGAACUCUAG